AUGAAGCUCGUAGGAUUGCGGGCCGUUGGCCUUUUGGGCUGUGUUGCACUUCUGAGUUCAGCAGCGGUUUCUGGGGAGGAGACUGAUCCCGUAGUUUUGGAGACUGCCGAAGCGGUAGCCGGAACGGAAGCGAUUACAGGAGGUGAAAAUGUGGCCCCCGAAGGAGAAGAGGCCCCAGUUAUGGAGCCAGGUCUUGUCGGUGAACAAAAUGCUGAAAUUGAAGCCAAUACAAAGUCUUCUGCAGGCAAAAGCGGCGCCAAGAAGGCACUUAUACUUAGCGUUUUCCUGACUCUCAUGGCGGCAGCGGGGGCUGUGGACUAUUUCGUCACCGGCGUGACUCCUUUGAAGAAGAUGAUUGAAGGAAUGCUGGGCAGCGAGGCUGCAGAGGAUCUAUCUGAGGCGGGACAGACGAAGGAAGAGGAAACCGAGGAAAAAGCAGAACAAGCGGGCGAAGAAGAGCAGGUGGGCGUGAGUGGACACGAAAUGAGUAGUUUUAGCAGACGCUCGUUGGUUGUUAGGCUUGGUCAGUAUUGGGUUUCGCGGGUAGUGAUGAUGCUUGCGAAGCGUAUUUGCGUGAUGCAUGCGAUGUAG